AUGGAACCACUACAUGAUGAUGACAGCAGGAGACAAUCUUACCAAAACUGGUCGACUGAAGAAGCCAUCAAUUGGGAGAAGUUUCUGGGUGGGGUAAAGAAUGCUUGGGACAGUGUGAAGAUCGAGAUCAUUGUCAAAGCCUUUAAAAAUGUGGAAUUUCUUGAUGGUUCAGAAGAUCAUUUGAUAUAUGAAGAUGGCGAUGAAGAUGAUACAGACGAGGAAGAACUGCUAGCUAAAUUCGAUGCCAGUGAUAUUGAAGAAGACGAGGAAUGUGAGGGGGUUGUCACUAUACCUGAUGCACCAGACAGUGAUGAUGAGUGUAUGAGCAAUUAUUAUGAGUCUUGA